ACAUCCCUGUGAGAUUAACAUAAAAAUGGCAGAAUUUAGCCAACGAGAUCGUUCUUUAGUAUUUCCUGCAUUUGUUUAGGAUAGCACUGAAGAUGGUUCUUUGUGCCACCAAGAACACAUAGAAAAGCCAACUACACCAUGGAAAUCUAUUUAUAUCGCUGGUGCCUGCUCAUUCGUUCAAGCAGCCCAGUUCAGUAUAUACUUCAGUUCGAUGUGGCCAUAUCUGCGAAAGUUGAAUCCAAAUGCCGUCGAAACACAGUUUGGCUACAUUGUAGCCCUGUACAGUAUUGGACAAUGCCUAUCAGCUCCGACAUUUGGAUACUGGAGUAAUCGAAUAGAACAGGUGCGUGUACCACUUCUAGCCGGAUUUUGCUUUAUGAUGGCUGGAAACAUACUGUAUCUCUCCUUACCGUUUUUCGCUCCAUCCAGUGUUGCUAUAGUAAUGAUGGUGGCGCGAUUUGUUCAAGGAUGCGGAACGGGUGACAAUUUUAUGCUCAUUUUCUUCAGUGUAAAUCGGAAUAUGUCGCUUUUGCGAGCUUACGCUUCUACUUCAUCAUCAAAGGCGGAUCGUUCUCGAGCUAUUGCAUGUGUUAGCGGUGGGAUAGCAAGCGGCACCUUGAUAGGACCAGCUUUUCAACUAAUUUUCACUCCUCUCGGAUCAGAUGGAGUGUAUGUGCUGCCGUUUUAUCGUCUUAACAUCUACAACUCACCAGCCCUUUUCUCAUUUAUAAUGAAUAUAGUUGGAUUUUUAAUAAUGUUUUUCAUAUUCGAGGAGAAAUAUGAUGUGCUGAAGUCUGAUGCUGCAAAGAUAACAACCAAACUGCCUUCACCAAGUAUCAUUGCUAUUCUUAUAUGUGUCUCGACCCGAUUUGUUCAAAUUUUCGCUACCACCACGAUUGAAACACUUGGAUCCGCCUUUUCAAUGCUGAUGUUCGGCUUUAACAAGGAAGAAGCUGUGUCGACUAAUGCUACAGCUCAUUUGAUAGCCGGAAUUCUUGGAGCAACGCUAUACUUCUUCUUCAUUUUCUUUAAUUUGUCAAGCUGGUACAUUUUGCUUUCAAAAUUAUGA